AUGCCUCGUAUUCACAUUAAAAUGAGUUUCAGCAUCAACUUCUCGCCCGGCGCUUGGCAAGACCCUCCCCUCCUCCAACAUCCAUUCAUCGAGAACAUCCGCGAAGCUGCGUGGAAGUACCGCCUCCAGUCCGCCGCACACUUCAACGUCCCCAUCGACGUAUGCCAAGCGACUCACACCUCAAACCCAGAUCGAUUCGCCAAUAUCGAUGGAGACUUCCAACUCUGCGUGGGCUUCUACAACUUCGGUACCGACCCCAUCUUCGCCGUCUGUCGCCCGAAGAUCGCGAAGCGUGGACGCGAAAAGGGAAAGGUCAUGAAGGGAGCGGUGCAGGUAUGGUCGAGGAACAAGUUCGUACCGCUUGUGCGUUUCUUCGAGGCUGAGUUCCCCCCGAUUGCUGGACCAGCGUCCGACGAGAUCAUGUACCAGUGGUGGCAUGCCAACGGCCAAUCCUUCAAUUGGACCGGACUUCCCACGGAGGUCAAAGAGCGAAUCCUUAUGUUCUGCAUGCAUCAGUCUCCUCCACUACCUAUACAGAAGAAGUCCAGGGGCCGCGUCCGCCAUGUCAAACAAGGCGCACCUGAGGUAGUCGGUCAGCUGGGAAGAUGGGCGUCUCUCCUCACUGUCUCGCACCAAGUUCGUGCGAUCAGCUUGCGUCUGUGCUUCUCGGGAAGCAGCGACUUGGAGUUCAGCAACGGCUUGUGCAUCGUCGCCGAGAGCUACUUUAGCUUCAAGCGCACCAUCCGCCGACUAGGAGAGCAUCGUCAGUUGACCAAAGCGAACAGUCUUCCAUCCGACGAGAAGGCCAGAGAGUUGGAAACACUGUACAAGACGUUCCCCAAGAUCUACCCGCAAUUGGACCGAUUCGCUACUUUCAGUCAUGGAAUCCACAAGAUCUACCUACAAUUGUCUUUCAUUCACGCGCUGUGCUUCUUCAAGGUUACUGCUGGAUCGUUCGCACAGCACUUGAAGCCACAUGACACAAGCUACGAAGUCUUUGAGAGGCUUCCUCACUUGAAUGAGGUGAUCUUCAGGCUACCGGAUGCAAGUGGAUAUCUAGAGGAUGAUCUAAGACAGCGACCGGUCAGCAUCUUCUAUGGAGAACCAUUCAACUGUCCGCGUACUCUUCAUCGGCUCAUCUAUGAGAGCGCUGCCGAUGUAUUAGCCCCAUACGAUGUCGUCAAAUUCCAUGGAUUCAUGGAUGAGGAUGAGCAGAUCAGGUUCCUGAAGUUCCGCGAUGCUGCAAAGAAAGAGCUGAAGAUUACUACUGAGGAGCUUGGACAGCUAUACAAAGAAGAUAUGGGUGGAGUAGAGCUGGAGGAGGCUGUUGUUCCUGGCCUUGAGAAGAAAGAGAAGGGUGAAGAGGUGCGAGAAGUCAUCCCAGACGACUUCUGGCCCCCGAAAUGUCGAUGUGAAAUAUCGUGCCGGGAGGUACUCCAUCCCAGCUCUAUCUGA